AUGUUCUAUGUCAACGGGCUGCCUUUCCAAGUCAUCGGUGGAGGAUAUUCGGCAGACAUGUUCCUGCGGUGGGACGACGCCAAGUUCAGCGCGCAGGCCAGAAUGAUGCUGGACUUGGACCUCAAAAUGGUACGGCUGGAAGGCAAGAACGAACACCCGGAACUAUACGACACUGCAGACCGUCUAGGUUUCAUAGUUAUGGCUGGAUAG